AUAAGACAUCUGACAUAGAUAAGAAACUGGUCCGUCAGUUUCAACAUGGCGGUUCUCUUUUUUCUGAUGUUUCUCUCCCUGCUGAAGGCGACUCACUCCGACUGUGUGGAGGAGGCGGGGGAUUUUAUCUUCAGCUUUAACUCCUGGGAUGAUGUUGGAACUCUGGACCAUUUCUGGAGAAGUACGGGCUUGUGCCCCCCAGAUCCACACGACAAGGCAGCUGACUUCUUGCUGAGUCCAGACAUGCGACAGAACCUGGCCUUCAUAGGAGCCCUGCCACACCGGGCUAUAGAGCAGGUCAGGAUCCACUGGCUGCUGGAGCUCAUCACGGUACAGAGUGUUGCAGCCGAGGGUCCAGCGUACAACUUUAGCAACCUGGACACCAUGGUGGAACUGCUCCACGAGAACGGUCUGAAGCCUGGGUUUGAGAUCAUGGGCAACCCUUCCUCCUUCUUCACCGACUUCGAGAACAAGACGCAGGUGUAUUGGUGGCGAGACCUCGUCCAACAGACAGCAACCAGAUACAUAGGUAUAUAUGGAUUGGAGUAUGUGAAAACUUGGAACUUUGAGUCGUGGAACGAACCGGAUUGUGGAGUGUUUUAUGAGCUGAUGACAAAACAAGGUUACUUGAACUACUAUGACGCAUGCUCAGAAGGACUGAAAGCUGCCAGCCAAUCGUUGAUCUUCGGUGGCCCUGGAGGCGGAUGUGACGACAACAACGAGACCGACACCUAUGAUGAUGCGUUGUUUAAACACGUCACUUCCGGUAUAAACUACUUCACAGGAGAGACAGGGAUAAGACUUGACUACAUCUCGAUGCACAGAAAGGGACGCUAUGUGGCGGAGAACAUCGUGAAUGCGGAGCUGGACAUACACUCCUACCUCCGACAGAAGUACCCCAGUCUGGUGAACACACCUUUCUACAACGAUGAGUCCGACCCACUCGGAGGUUGGAACAAAGACCAGAAGUGGAGGGCGAAUUCCGGAUAUGCCGCCAUUGCUGCAAAGAUAAUUGGGCAGCACGAGAACCUCUUCAGAGCAAAUGCUAGCUCUGAUUUGAAGUAUACACUCCUUAGCAACGACAACGGCUUCCUUAGUUACUACCCACACCAGUUUACCCAGCGCACCCUGUUGGCGAGAUUUCAAAUGAAUAACACAAAAACACCUUACGUGACGUUUAUACCAAAACCUAUCUACGCAACAAUGGCAGCCAUGUCCUUCCUGGGAGACAAGCUGGUUCAUCUUGAAGCAAAGACUAUGUCCGGUGGUCCUGUCUCCAACAUGAGUCACUAUGGCGGUUUUGCGACGCUGCACGAGCCAGAAGAUGAUAAGUCCUCUGAUUGCUGGCAGUCGGCGUUCUUUGUCUACAACAGUUGUGAUAUCGGACAUGGCGAAGACUGGGGUCUUCUGGAUCUCACAUGGAACAUCAGACCGCCCCCUGACAAUGAAGAUUUGCGGUUGAUGAUGUACGGGGUGAGCCCCCUAACGGUAGACCCCUACGGCGUCUGGACAGGGCUGUUCAACUCCACCGACUUCCCCACCCUCGAUCAGUUCCGGCGGCUUCGACAAGAAGGGAAUGUGGUACCCAUGAAUGCCUACGUCCCCCGCAAUGCGACCACCGUGCUGCUACCUCCGGGCUUCCAAAUCCUCACCGACACAGUUGUGGUGCUGCACUUGUGUGGCAAGUCGAAGCACCCUCCCGAACAGGUGACUGGUGUCCGGUUUAUUGAGAUCACCGCUGGACAAGUACAGGUAGUUUGGUCAGACGAAGCCAUAAAGACAAAGUGUAUCGCUACGUAUGAAGUGGAGUACUCAAAACAAGAGGCGGGUCCAUUUGUGCGGGUCAAUCAGGAUGCCACCAUAGUGACGACACUAGUUGUCUCCCCUGAUCCUAAACCACACGGUGACCCUGACGACGUUGUUCGUGGCUACUACCGCGUCAGAGCCGUCGACUACUUCAAUCGUCCGGGUCCAUAUUCGAAUAUUGUAAAUUAUUAAAAUGUAUUAUAUAUUUUGUUCA